AUGUCAUCAUCGUCACCGUCAAAUAUGAAUGCUGUUGGUGGUGGCUGUAGUAGUGGUGGCAAUACCGGACGAAUGUAUGAGAAAGCUGAAUUAAUUGAAAUGAACGAAACACGAGUUAAGUGGGUCAGGGAAGAAUAUGGAUGGGAAAAUUGGUUGAAAAAUCAGUCAAUUGCAAUACUUAAACUCGAUCAAACCGAAAGGCUAAUUUUAAGAAUUGCAGAUCACUGUUGUGACUGUGGUGAUGAUGAUCGAGGAGUACGAAGAUUAAAGACUGAGCAUAAUAAUUAUCAGAAUCUAUAUGGGCUAUUGCACUUAAGUGAAAAGAAGAAAAGGCAGGCUUAUCAGAGAACUUCAAAAAAUCGAAAACGAAAAGUUCUUAGCAAUCGUUUGGAAUGCUUGUUUUGUUUGGCUGUUGCCAUUUUAGUUCUCUUUUCGUUUGUGUAG